AUGGCAUCGAAUAAGCAAUUACCAAUUAAUAAUGGUAAUUCUGGGACUUUGACUUGGAAUAGAAAAAUGGAUGAUGCUCUUGUUGAUGCUUUUAUGCAUGAAUAUGAAAAGGGGAACAAAGUCAAUGGCACAUUCACUACAUCGGCAUAUGAAAAUAUUGCAGCUGAACUUCGUGCAUUGUUUGGAAACAAAGUUGACAAGGUGAAGAUUAAAAACCGUUGGAAAACUUUGAAAAAAAAUUUCACUGAAUACUAUGAUAUUUUUAAAGGUGGUAUGAGCGGCUUUUCUUGGAAUUCAACUACACAAUUAUGGGAUGCCGAGUCAGAAGUAUGGGAUGCUCUAAUUGAGUCAAAACCAAAAGCAUCAAAUUGGAGAAAUGUACCACUUCCAAAUUAUGAGAAGAUGCUGAUACUUUAUGGACCUAACCGAGCUGAUGGAGAGGAAUCUGGUACUUUAAAAGAGACAAGAAAACAAAAGUCAUCGAUCACCAAUGAAGACUUUGCUGAAACUAUUCAAGAUAUUGAUGACCAUGUUGCUCGUAAUGAGGUGAAUUUGGAAAGCUUUGAUGUUACUUCUGAUUUUUCUGUACCUGAAACACAAUCACCAGAUCCUUUAAGUGGUAGUAAAAGAAAGAAAAUGAAAGUGGUUAAAAACAAAGAUACAAACAAUGAUGUUACUGAACUCCAAGAAUCAAUUGUCUUGGUUGCAAAUGCACUAACAGAAGGAAAUGCGGCAAUACGAGAAGGAAAUGAAAUAAUGAGAUAG